AUGGGCACGCCCGCAUCCAAGGUUACCAGAUUCACUCCUGGCAAGCUAAUCUGUGGCUCCUCUGAUGAAAGACUCAUCUCACCCGAUCAUUCAAACAGAUUGAACCCGAAAUUUGAGGAGAAGGCUCUUAUUGAAUCGUUCAGUAACAAAUACCCAGGAGGGUUCAGUAUUUCAGGGCAAAUGGAGGAAACGAACAUGAGUGAUGGCCGUAAACCCUCAACUUCAGACGAUGUGCAGCCACUGUUUAACACCGCAUGGGAAGAUACAAAAGAAGGAAGUCCUCUCGGCGUAAAGGAGCGCAAGACCCGACAAAAGCUGAAUGAAAGAGAUCACAAUGCAGUUGAAUAUAGUAAAUCACUUCUAGAUGAAGGUGAUACUCAAGUAUACAUCUCAUAUCCCGGGGGGAUCACUUUCUAUGACUCCAAAGGCGACUCUCAACCAUACAAAGUAUAUCGAGUUGAUAGUGAAAAGUUGAAAGCUCUCGGUUCACCGAAAUUCUCCAGGAUGUUCGACGAAAGACCACAAUACUGGGCGAGAAAGAGAAAAGGCCUCCUGCAUCGCCUUCCAGAUGGCAUUAGAUAUGUGCUUGACCUCACACCAUCUGAGGAAGGUGACGAGGCAGUCGAGCUGGUAUCAGAAUUGUCUUGCUCGGCAGGAAUCAGAAACUGGUAUUUAGCCAAGCAACGCUGUGGUGUCGAAAAUCAGCUGGUUACCGGCGAUGAUGAUAUUCCGGGGCCUGCGAUUGUACCAGCCAAAGCUGCUGAGCAACUCCGAGUGAAAAAUUCUGCAGCCGGUGUCGUUCACCUCGUCUUCAGCCCUCUAGACCCCACGAUUGACUCGCGCUUCAACGAUGAAUUUUUUCGUACAUCUUUAGGUCGCAAAAUACCUAAACAAACCGCGUGUAGCGGGGGGGAUUUUGUGGAUGAUUGUGAAAUGCAAAAAGGUAUCAAAAAUAGCUUAGAAGGACAUGCACUUAAUGGAAUUGUUCGUCAAGACUUUCCCCAAACAGGAUUGAAGAAGGAGGUACUGGACUACAGCCCAAUCCGGCACAGAGUAGGAAUCGAAAAUCUUCUCAGGAUCAUUCAAGGUAAAGUGCCUAAACUGGACUCGGCGCCAAAGGUAUGGACUUUAUUUGUUUUGGCGAAGUAUUAUGAAUGUACAAGUGUUGUGGUUGACUAUAUUACUUCAUGGAUCAUGGACGGUAGCAAUACCAAAUUUGUCGAAAUACUUCCCGAAGCCAGUUUGAAUAUUGGGCUUGGCCUGAAGAUACCUAUGAUAACGAGAGCUGCAUUUUCCACUCUUGUUUCUGAGGAGGCACUUAAUGUGGCUUCACGAACUCUAUGUAAAAGCUAUGAUGACAGGCAAGCAGCAUACAAAUAUGUUCGACCUCGUGAGGAGCUCGAUGAAGAUUUGUUGAACGUUAUUCAACAUGCAAGUCAGGACUUUUGCGAUCGUAUCCAGAAAACUGUUACCGAUCUGUUGGAUGAAAGAAUGGCUUGGUUCCUAGAACUACCAGAGUAUAGAAAAAUAUGCAAGUUUGAAGACUAUUGCUACAAGAAGAAAGACACCGGCAAGAUAGAAAAGGCUGUAUAUGAGAGAAGGAAGUCAGUUAUUCAGCAGCUGCUCGUCAAUCUUCGUAGUUAUGUUCGAGCGAAAAUUAUUAUCUGUUUGAACCAAGGAUUAAAAUCCUUCGAGAUUACUCAGGCGAACAACAAUCAGCGGCAAGUUCAAUGGGAUAUACCAGAAGUUGUUACGAAAGAUGUACCGGAUGCAAAUUACAUCUAUAACGGCCUUGGAUUUCGUGAAAGAGUCUUACUGCCAUACUUUUGGCGUCGCCUUCGAGAUGUCGAUUGGGAUGACAUUUCAAUGGAGAGCCCCAGGUUUGCCCUAUAUGACCCGCAAUUACUUGGUUGGGGGAAAUUUCUUGUCGAUAGAGACACCAUUCGCAGAAUAAAUCCUCGUCACCUUGAAAUUUAUGUCAGUGAAUUCAAUCGUGAGGUCAAUCUUGAGGGCGGGAAGGAAAACUAUCACUCGUCCUCGCCUUCGGAUCCGGCUUCCACAAUAGCACCACCUAACACUAAGAGCAUGAAUGAGGGAAGACCAAAUUAUGCAUUCAUGAGUGCUUACAACCAGAAUCAUGCUUAUCUUCAAGCACGCCUAGUGGAAGAUAGCUCUCAGUUUUCCUUCGCUAACAAUCCCAAGCCAUUCUCAGCCAACCCGGAUCCCAGCCCCAAUCAGCCAGACAUAGAUGAAGCCCAUAAUUUCGAUCUUUCUACUUUCCUCAAAGAACUCGGUCAUCACAUUGAAGAUAUCUGUCUCUCCAUGCUCUCCAAACCUGAUGGAUCAGAAUUCACAAUAUUGACAAAUACAUUACUCUGCCUGACAGAUAAUGAAUGGCAAUAUCUACCCUUAUGGGCAGGCGGAAACGACGAUGGAAGUGGAGGUGUUACGAGCGCGGAUGUUCCGCCAGCUUAUUAUGCUAAUGUUGGUGGUCUUACGCCAGGUGUACAGUAUAAAGGGGUAGCGGGAUAUGUGGGGAGCUCUGUUAAUACUAGUUUGGUUGUUAGGGAUGGGAGUAAUCGGACGGCUACAGUUGCGGGAAGUGAAGCUUGGGGUGAUGCUGGGAGUGAAGCUUGGGGUGAUAUUGGGAGUGAUGUUGAAAGUGAGGUGCGGGUGGCUAGUGAUGGUGAUGUACGGAGCGUUUCUUCAACAAAGAGUUAUGAUAUGGCUGUUAUGACGCCAAUGGGGAGUGGGGGUGAGAGUGAGAGUGAGAGUGAGAGUGAGUUUGAGAUUGUCAAUGUAGGGGAGGAUGAAGAGAAUGGCGAUGAUUUUACCGUUGCUGGGGAUAAUAGCAUUAGUGAAAGCGAGAUAUCAGACGAUGAGAUAGUUCAUCAUGAUAAAGGAAAGGGAAAAUGGAAAGGGAAAGAUUAUGAGGAGGAUGACAUGGGCUGGACAGAUCAAGAAGACCUUGAGGAUGAAUGGGAGGGAUCUUUCACUGAUGAUUAG